AUGGCAUCGAUAAUACAAAGAUAUUGGUCGAGUUUGUUGUGGCUCCCGCUGAUAAGUGUAGCUGCUGGAGGAGACGACACUUGCGCUCUCAGACAUUCACCCGCCUCCUCCAUUGUCCCCUCGCUAUACGCGCCCAACUCAGCCAUAUGCACUGUACCUACCGUGGGAAGUAAUCGGAGCGUCACUGAUGUGCCAAUAUCCGAACAAUCGCGAUGGAUACAAGACACCCAAUGUCAUGGAUUUGAGGGGGUCCAGUUUUGCGCAUAUACUCAGUCAUCCCUCAAUGAAGGCGAAAGCGUGUCACUCAUCACCACACCUGAAAGAUUCGCAAAACUUGCAUCAGAAUCAGCGUUCAGAGAGCGUGUUGACGAUUCAUCCAGCCAGGUACUGUCAGAGUCAUCCUUACCAUACAGGGACGUCGCAAUACCGGGCAAGGGGAUUGGUUUGAUCGCAACCCGUCCAAUCCGGGCUGGCCAACGCAUCAUGGCACAUAGACCAGCCGUCAUGGUCGACGGAAGAGCAUAUCCUGGGAUGAGCAAGGAGAAUCUGGCCGAUCUUCUCGCGCGCGCCGUCGAGCCACUGCCCCCUGUGCAUCGGGACCGAUUCCUAAAUCUAUCAACUCACGAUGGCGCCAACGGUUAUACCGAUCUGGUGCACAAGAUCUUUACAACCAACACUUUUCGCACGAGUGUCAAUGACGGCGAAUCAGACUUCUACUCGACUUUCACCGAGGUUUCCCGGCUCAAUCAUGACUGUCAGCCAAACUGUGGAUAUUAUUUCGACCACACCACCCUGUCUCUUAAGGUCAUUGCCGCCACCGAUAUUUCGCCGGGAGAGGAGCUCUCCGUGUCAUACAUCGACGUUCUCCAGCCACGCUCAAAGAGACAAGGUUACCUGCAUACGCACUGGGGUUUCCACUGCUCAUGCAAGCGCUGCACCGCCGAUGCACAUCUGGCCGCCGAGUCCGACAGCCGGAUCGCGCAGAUCCACCGACUGCGGGCGGAGCUCGACGACUACUCUGACAGCUCGACCGCGACGCCGGCAAAGGCGGAGCUGCUAGUGCUGCUCUUCGAGCUCGAGGGUGCCGCGGGACGCAUGCACGAGGCCCUCUACCGGGCUGCGAUCGAGUGGAGCGGCGUGGGCGACGCGGCGCGGGCAGUGAAGUAUGCCAGGUUGUGUCUCGAUCGGGGGCUCCGGUUUAGGGGACAGGGCAGACCGUUUGAGGAGAGCAUGCGGAGACUCUUAGAGGAUCCGGAGGUGCAUUGGAGUUGGAGGUCGCGUUUACAUGCUGGCCGGGAAGAGGGUUGA